GGGAGGUGCAGCAGCUGGACUGAGCUGAGCGCCUGGGAGUGUAAGCGAGCGGCUCACACCACAACACCUCCCACCACCACUGCUGCCAGGCUCCCACGGCCAGGACGUGAGCCACCAAACUAUUAUAGUACAGUAUUGUGAAGCUUCCCAUUGAAUUAAGUUAGAAAAAUGUCAGCAAAAAGACCUAAAUUGUCCCUCCAUGAUUGGAUUGCAUUACACAAUUCUCUCUUGGAGGAAGAGAGGAAAGCAGAAGUCUUAGCAGCCCAAACUCAGGUUGAAGGUGUGCCAUUAAAGAUCCUGGAAACAAGAGGGGUAGUCUUGGCCAACUUGGUGAUCAGUGAGAGGUCUACUGGAUUGUACGGGCGGCCUUUGGUAGCACUCGUUCCAGCAAGGAAGGAGGCUAUACUACCAGCUAACAAUUUUUCGUCAGGUGAUAUUGUGGGUGUACACCAGUCUGGGCUAGAGCAAAAUGGUCAGAUUACAACAGGAGUAGUGACCAACGUGUCUCAGUCAUCCAUUCGUAUUGUUAUUGAUGAGGGUGCGGAGGAGUUGGAUACCAUUGGAGAUGAUGUCAAGUUGCAUUUGCACAAGCUGUGUAAUGAUGUAACAUAUCGAAGGAUUAAAUCUGGGCUGACAAAGCUCGAUAAGAAUGUUAAUGGACCUGCCUCACAUCUCAUCUCAGUCUUGUUUGGGGAGACAUUGCCCAGGCCUCCAGUAUCUUCCUUACCAUCACAACUUACUCUCCCAGAUGGCAAAUUAGCACUUUUCAAUGAGAAACUGAACAACUCUCAAGUGGAAGCAGUGCAGUUUGCCAUUCAGAGAAGUGAUCUAGCAGUUAUUCAUGGCCCACCAGGUACAGGCAAAACUACGACUGUCGUUGAAAUUAUCAGACAACAUGUAAAAUUAAAAUCAAAGAUUCUAGCGUGUGCUCCAUCCAAUUUGGCUGUAGACAACUUAGUAGAGCGGUUAACAGUUUCUGGUGUUCGUUUAGUGCGUUUAGGUCAUCCCGCACGUGUCACACAUCUUACCCAAAGAUACACACUUGAUGCAAUUUUGCAUAAUAGUGAAGAAUCUCAAAUUUUGGAAGAUAUUCGCCGUGACAUAAGUGAUCAUCUGGGACAGCUGAAAAAAGCAAGAGAUAAAGGCAAAAGGUUUCGUCUUCGAAGUGAAAUAAAAACAUUUAGAAAGGAGCUUCGUGAAAGAGAGAGUCGACUGGUCCAGCAAGUGCUGUUAAGUUGUGAUGUGAUUCUUGCCACUCUGACCAGCAGCAGUAAUGAUGGCCCUCUAAGGCACCUGCCUCAGCAACACUUUGAUGUGGUAGUUAUUGACGAGUGCUCACAGGCAAUCGAGGCUGCAUGCUACCUGUCACUUCUGCGUGCACCAAAGCUGAUCAUUGCAGGAGACCAUUGUCAGCUUCCUCCAACCAUUAUAUCAACUGAGGCUGCAGCAAAAGGGCUUGAACACACACUCAUGGAGAGAAUUAUAGAUGAGUGUGGAGAAGAUGUUGUAAGAAUGCUGACUGUUCAGUACCGUAUGAACAACCUCAUAAUGCAGUGGGCAUCAUCAGCUAUGUACCAAAAUCGUCUUGUUGCCAAUGCAUCUGUUGCCGAUCACCUUCUCAGUGAAUUGACGGGUGUCCGCGCAAAUGAAGACACAGAAAAUGUCCUAGUGCUGAUUGACACUGCAGGAUGUGACUGUUGGGAGUUGGAUACCCCAGAUGACCAGAGUAAAGGCAAUGUUAGUGAAGCUAUCAUAGUCAGCUGCCAAGUUCAAGCUCUCAUAUCAUCUGGGGUACCUGAGAAUGAUAUUGCUGUGAUUACACCAUAUAACUUGCAGGUGGAACUUGUGCGUAGUCUUCUCAGAGUUAGUCACCCUAGUGUUGAAGUGCGGUCAGUAGAUGGCUUUCAGGGCCGAGAAAAGGAAGCUGUUGUUAUGUCUCUUGUUCGUUCAAACAAACAAGGGUCAGUGGGGUUUUUGAGUGAAGAUCGGCGAUUGAACGUAGCGGUGACUCGAGCAAGACGCCACUUAUGUGUUGUAUGCGACUCAGACACUGUUAACAAACAUAGUUUUCUGAAGAACUUUAUUGAUUAUAUUUCACAACAUGGUCAGGUUAGGACUGCACAUGAAUUUCAGCGUGAGUUGGAGACAACUGAUGUGCAGACACCAGAAUGUAUUGUAUGGAAGCCAAAACCUGAGAAGAAAGAGAAAAGUAAACAAUUUGAAUCCAAAAGUUGUAGAAGGGAUAAGUUCAAAGCUAGAGCAAAACGUGAGCCACCAAGUGAAGAAGAGAAUAUGAGACGAAGAAAAGAGUAUGAAGCUAUUGUUGAUAGCUUUCUGAAAUCUCCUGACAAGACUUACAAUUUUCCUCCCACUAUAAACUCCUUUGAGAGACGUUUGAUUCAUGAAAUUUGUGAAUGUGUUGGCUUACAUCAUGAGAGUCAAGGUGAAGAUAAAGAGCGGCAUAUUGUUAUAUGGAAAAAGAGUGAGAUAAUACCAGAAUGCAACAAACAAGAAGAAGAAGUAGAUGAUGAGGAUUAUGAUUCUGUAAAAUCUGAUGAAGAGAUUGGUGAUCUAAAGGAGUAUAAAACUAAAAUUGACAACUUUCUUGAGUCCUCCAAAGAAACUCUUGAAUUUUCAUCAAAAUUAAGUUCAUUUGAAAGAAAUUUAGUUCAUGAAUUAUGUGAGGAGUAUGACCUGCUACAUGUGAGUCAGGGGGAGGGUAAGAAACGCAAAAUUAUUGUUCAGAAGAAAAUCAAAACAAUAAACCAUUGCAAUAAUGGACAAAAUGAAAAAUUGACUUCAGCUUUAAAGGAGAAAGAAACUACUGAGCUUUCAGGAACACCUGCAGAAGAAAUAUGCCAAAUGAGCACCAUUGAGAAUGGUGCAAUACCAAAAUCUAAAUUACUAGAAAACAUCAGUACAAAAGUUCGUACACGAUUCGUUGGAGGAAAGUAUGAAGAAGUAAUUGUUGCAGUGAAUGAUACAGACAGUUCUACUAGUGAUUGUAAAACAAGAGAAAAUGAGGCGAGAAAGGUGAAUAAUUCCUUAACAAGACAUUGCUGUAGUUGUGGGAAGGACAUAAUUCUUCAAAACUAUACCAUUCACAAUGCUCAAUGUGAGAGGAAAUUGAAAGACACACAAGAAGAGCAAAUUACAAAAGUUAAGCAAAAGAACAUAAAAAAGAAAAAUCCAAGAAAAGGGAGUAGCCAUAAAAAUGGUGAGGAAGAAGAGGAUUUUGAUAGCCUAAUCGAACAGUUUACACAGGAAAACAACACAUGCUCCAUGCCACAAUGUAAAUCCUCUACAACGGUGAUAUUCCAGCUCUGUCCAUUUUGUCGCAACACCUUUUGCCUGUCGCAUCACAUGGCAGAGGUUCAUGGAUGUGGUGACCAGGCUCGCCACCAUGCCAGAAUGAUGAUAACCAAAGAAGGAGUUCUGUAUCCUGGCAGUGGUAUACCAUCUAAGAAACCCAAUGAAGCACAGCGUAAGCAAAUGCAAAGGAAGUUAGACAAGAAAAUGGAGGGAUUCUCCAAACAAAGACAAGCCAAAAAACCUUCAAAGGACACUGGAAAGGAUUAAAAAUGACAACAAGAAGUCUUCAUUGUUGAUUAUAUAAUAUUUUAAUAUAAUUAAAGUUCAUGUUGUUGUCUAAGUUAUUUAUUUAAAUAUUUCUGAGUGCUCAUGAAACAUAUUGCAAUAUUUAAUAAGCUUUUAGUGUUAAAUAUACCUAUAAAGAAGGUAUCAAUUACAAGCUGCAUGUACUCGUCUCAUCUUAUUCUUCAGUUUGCUAUAUAAAAUAUAAAGUAAUAAAGUAAAGUAAAUCAAACGGCAAUAUAGUACAGAAUCCAAACAACAGAUCUUGGAACCCCAAAUGUGUUGGGCUAUGGCUUACCUUGAGGUUACCUUGAGGUGCUUCCAGGGCUUAGUGUCCCCGCGGCCCAGACGUCGACCAGGCCUCCUGGUUGCUGGACUGAUCAACCAGGCUGUUAGACGCGACUGCUCGCAGCCUGACG